AUGCACCUGUUGACCGAGGAAAACUCUGCGUGUUUAAGAAUGAACAAAGUUGCUGUGAUGAAAUCUAAUACCCUGCUUCAUUUGGAGGACAAGAAGAGAGCAGAGGAGAGGAGCAGACUGAACUGUGUAGGCUUAACUCAGACCGGUUUAACAGAUGGACAGAACUCAGACCUGCUGCAACGCCAAGACGCCACUGAAAACAGCUCUUCUAUCAAGUACAGGAGAUAUGGGUCUCGCUUGGGUGGGGUUAAAGUUCGCCACAAGAGGCAGGUGCUGCAGGAUAUGGCCCGACCCCUGAAACAUUGGCUGUACAAACACAGAGACAACCCUUAUCCCACCAAGACCGAGAAGGUCCUGCUGGCUCUGGGCUCUCACAUGACGCUAGUACAGGUUUCCAACUGGUUUGCAAAUGCCCGGCGGAGGCUGAAAAACACAGUGAGACAGCCUGACCUGAGCUGGGCCCUGAGGAUCAAACUUUAUAAUAAAUACAUCCAGGGAAAUGCUGAAAGGCUGAGUGUGUGCAGUGAUGACACCGACUCAGAUGAUGAGGAGUGUCACUUACAAACUCCUAUCAGCCAGUCAAACUUUGGCAGGCCAUCUUCCCACAAGAGCGUGCUUGAGAAACAGGGCAGCGUCCUCGCCAUGGCUGACUCCGCCAACAGCGACGACAGCACGUCGCCGCCGUCCAAAUACAAGAGCAGUUUACUGAAUCGGUAUCUGAACGACACCCUGAGACACAUGAUGGCAGCGAAGGCAGAUGGUGUCACUUCGUCCCGCAAGAGGAGGAGUCACUCUGAGUCCUUCAGCUCCAACGAAUGUGACCGAGAUGUCGUCUCUCCGGCCUCGUCCUAUGACACGGAGACCAACUUUGUCUACCACAUGGACACAAUGGACUAUACUUCAACUAAAUGUGACAGGGACCAGCAGCAGGACCGAGGCCAGCAGAGGCAAGACGACCAAGGCUGGAGGGAGAUCCAUGCUGCCGUGGCUCUGACCAACCUGGCCCAGGGGCAGACUCACACAGUGAACCGGAGCAGUGUUACGGUGCCGACCGUGGCCACGGGGCAGAGCUGCACCCGACAGCCCUUCUCCAUAACGAGAACAACUAUCAUAGACAAGAUCUGCGUUACAGGACCCUCCUCUGCUCUGCGGCAGAGCUGCACCACAGGGCCCACUCUCACCAGCCGCAUCAUCCAGAAGUCUUCACAUAUCUCGGAAGUCCAAACUGUCAAAGUGGCUCUGGCAAACAGUGUGUGA